CAUAGAGACAAGAGAGAAAAGAGAUGGAGUCACAACAUUUUGGGCAUGCCCAUGCCCUGGCUUUCAAUGAAAAGCAAAGCAAUCAAAGCGAAGAAGCUAGCUGCUCAAGGUGUGGGGAGGUGGUAUCGAGUCCAAGUUUUAGCUGCGUGGAGUGUGGGUUUUACCUUCAUAAGAAUUGUGCUGAGGCGCCCUCAGAAAUUAAUCACCCUCUUCACCGUAAGCACCCUCUUGUUCUUUUUCCAAACCCACCUGAAUCCGAAGAAUACGCUGAUGGAUAUAUUUGUGAUUUUUGCGACAAAAUUGGUAAGAUGUUUGUUUAUCAUUGCUCUUGUGGAUUGGAUUUUCACAUCAAAUGUGCUUUAUUUUCUUGCAACAUUGCUGAAAAAUUUUUUGGAGAGCUUGAACACAUAGCCCAUCCAUGGAUUUCCACUGAUGAACAAAAUGAAGAACUUGAGAGUGCUGAGUGCUUCGGGUGUUGGAAUCCGUUGUUAGAAUCUACAUACUUUUCUUUUGACUGUGGGUUUAACCUACAUAAAAAAUGUGUUGAACUAUCUCCUGAAAUCAAUAACUUUUCUCACCAAAAGCAUCCUCUUGUUCUACAGUUUAAUGGUGAACGUUUCUCUUGCAAUAUGUGCCAAAAACCACAACGUCGUGGUUUUGUUUAUUGUUGUUCAUCAUGCAAGUUUGCCCUUCAUAUUAAAUGUGCUGAGUUACUUUCUGAAAUCAAUCACCCCUGUCAUCGCAAACACCCUCUUAUUCUUCAAUUUAAUACUGAAAAUCUCCCUUGCAAGAUAUGCCUAGAAACCAGUCAGAAAUUUGUCUAUUGUUGUUCAUCUUGCAAGUUUGCCCUUCACAUUGAAUGUGUGUCACCACCUCCAACUAUUAAAGAGGAAAGUCAUCAACACCCAUUCAUCUUGUUUUGGAGACCAGUCUCGUUCAUUUGUGAUGCAUGUGGCCUUGAGGGGAAUUAUGUUGCAUAUAUAUGUUCUACUUGCAGUAUUAUAGUCCAUACAAAAUGCAUUUUUUUACCACGCAUCAUCAAAGCAGUGUUGCAUCACCACCCUAUUUCCCAUACCUAUUUCCUUCAUCAACAUGAGUGUAAAAGUUGGGAUUGUAGAAUUUGCCAUGACAAUGUGAAUACAGAGCACGGAAGUUACUGUUGUUUGGAUUGCAAGUUUAUUGUUCAUGUGAAUUGUAUUAUAAAGAGAGAAAGAUGGUAUUAUAUAGUUGAGACAGAAAAAAAGGAUGAAAAGCCCUUGUUGUUGACUGAUAUUGCUGUUGAUUCCAUCACUUGUGUUAUUGAGAGGAAUGAAGCUGGAGAAGCCACGAAGGUAAAACAUUUCAGUCAUGAUCAUGACUUAGUGUUAAGCAAGAUUAUCAUUGAAGAUUAUAAAUGUUGUGACGGAUGCAUGUUGUCCAUCUCAACUUCGUUUUACUCUUGUUCACAAUGUGAUUUUUUUCUCCAUAAAACAUGUGCUGAAUUGCCUCGGAAGACAAGACUUUGGUAUCACUUGUGCCAGAACGUUGUCACCCUUAUUGCAAACAACGUUUACGAAUGCGAGAUCUGUGCGUACGUGCGUAGUGGCUUUUCCUAUAAUUGUGAGAAAUGAUCAUGCAGUUCUUGUGGCGUGCAUUUAGAACAAGGAUACCAUUGUAAGCGGUGCAAUUUUGCUUUGGACUACGGUUGUCU